AUGUCGGCACCACGCCCACCCGAAGAUCCCACGAAGCCGGGUGACGACAGCCAGGAGAAUCCGCAGUCACCACCUCCUGAGCAACCCGCCAAAAACACACAGUCAUCAUCCAACAAGGGAAAGGAGAAGAAGAAGGUGGGAUUUACAAGCGAGAUCACGGCUGGUCCAUCUCACUCUGGGUACUAUUACGGAACCCCUACCCCCACCGACCAAGAAACAGAGGCUCGGGAUUACUUCUCCCUUUCACCCUCACCGAGUCCAAGCCCGACCGAUGGCCACAAUGCCAAUCGAGACUCUGUUAACAGGGAGCAGCUCGCUGCCGCCCUGGCUGAGAUCUUGAAGCCCGAGCACCUGAGUGGUCCAGUACCCCCGAGCAAGCCCCGCCCGGUCCUCCGGAAGUCGACCCCACUUCUGGCCGUUCCCGAAUCACCCGCUACACAGCAUCAGUCCGAGAUCGAAGCCAAGAACCGGGCUGAUCGGCUUGCUUAUUCGGUGGGCACCGGUUCAGCCCCGCCGUCUGGAAGGAGCUCUGCUGAACUUACCGAGUUGGAAGAGGAGGCUUCUCGAGAUCGUGAGGGCUUAUUGGGGAGUUCGGACACUGCACAGACGCAUGACUUCGCUUUGCCUGCCAAUGACGACUCCCUCAGGUAUCGAAGAAACGCCCAUCAAGAGGCGGACAGGCUUAUUCGCACCCACACCCGGCGCAAAAGCCCACUCAUGCACUCAUUCACUCCACGGUCAGGGACAGCUACCCCUGUUGAUCACGAUGUUGAGUACAUCCCCCGCCCGGACAAGUACAAGGGUGGCAUCUUGGGAACGCUUCUUAAGCUGUACGGCACAGAUGAGAAAAAUGGCUCGGCCUCGGCGUCGACGUCGACCGCCGACCUCCUAAUCCCCAGCCUCCCCAGCACACCCAGUCGAACUCCAAACCGCACGCCUUCUAGCACUCCGCCUACGUCUCGGCCUACGACUCCCGAUCCCGACAAGGGGCGCCGAUCCAAGAAGAGACAGUCCACCAGCACUCUGGCUGGGCUGAUGGAGUCCUCUUUCAUGAUUGCCGCCCCCGGAACCAACAAGGACAUCCAAAAUGCCGUCUCAGAGAAGAUCAAGUUGGAGAAAGAACGGUACAAGAGGACGGCAAAGUCGAAGAAGAAGGUCGACGAAUACAAGAUCAAGAUCCACAUCGCCGAAAUCAUCAAUCGACAUCGCUACCUGAUCAAGCUCUGCAACGCCUUGAUGAUCUAUGGCGCGCCAACCCAUCGUCUCGAGGCUUACAUGGCCAUGUCUGCUCGCGUUCUUGGCAUCGAAGGCCAGUUUCUGUAUCUGCCUGGCAUCAUGUUGAUUUCUUUCGACGACAGUCAGACGCACACUACCGAGGUCAAGAUCAUCAAGGCUAAUCAGGGCUUGGACUUUGGUCGCCUGCGCGAUGUCCACGAGAUUUACAAGGAGGUUGUCCAUGAUCGAAUCGGAGUCGAUGAGGCUACUACCCGACUCGACGAGGUGAACAAGCGUAACGAGAAGUUCCCCAUCUGGUUCCGGAUUCUGCUCUCUGGGGUAGCGUCAGCAGCAGUGGCUCCUUUCGGUUUCGAGGGCCGGUACAUCGACUUGCCCAUUUGCUUCAUCCUCGGCUGCGUGGUUGGUUUCCUCCAGCUCUACCUGGCGCCAUCCAAUGAGCUCUAUGCCAAUGUCUUCGAAAUCACGGCAGCUAUUCUGACUUCGUGCUUGGCUCGAGCCUUUGGUUCGAUCAGAGGUGGAACGCUCUUCUGCUUCUCCUCCCUUGCCCAGGCCUCGAUUGCUCUGAUUCUCCCUGGUUACAUGAUCCUCUGCGCAAGUCUGGAGCUCCAAAACCACCAGAUGAUCUCGGGUUCUGUUCGAAUGGUGUACGCGCUCAUCUACACGCUCUUCCUAGGCUACGGUAUAACCAUAGGGUCCGUUAUCUAUGGCUACAUGGACGAGAAUGCCUCGAGCGCCAUUCACUGCUCAGUUGGCGAGGAGUGGUACCUCCAACGACCGUCGCCCGAUUAUUACGUUUUGUUUGUCAUUCCCUUCACGCUUUGCCUGUGUGCGAUCAAUCAAGCGAAGUGGAAGCAAACACCUGUCCAAGUGAUCAUCUCGGUCGCCGGUUACCUCGUCAACAAUUACUCUUCCCGCUUCUUCAAAGGCAAUUCGGUUGUUUCCAGUUCGCUCGGUGCUCUGACCAUUGGUGUCCUUGCCAACCUUUACUCUCGCCUUGGACGAUACUUUGAGAACUACAUGCUCGAUGUCUGGGAGAGGACGAUCCAACCACGCUGGAGCCGCUUUCGGAGACGUGUCAAGAGAGGACCUUAUCCGUCCCCGUAUUACCAAUCAUCGACAGCCAUGGAUUCAGAUGAGUCUGAUCCCAAAGCCGCUGCAGAGCGAGAGAAGGAGCGAGACCUCGAGAACGGACCCCCGACUUUGUCCACCGAGGGCAUCACAGCCGGUAUUACCAAGCAUGCUCGCAAAGUUGGGUACGGUCUUGCCGCGGCGGCCAUGUUGCCUGCCAUCUUUGUCCAAGUGCCCGGAGGCCUGGCCGUGAACGGGUCUUUGUUGAGCGGCGUUGCUAGCGCCAACCAGAUUGUUCGUAACGAGACAAUUUUGGCGAACGGGACUGUUGUCAACGGGACGUUUACGACAACGGAAGAGGUGGCGGAUUUGAACAGCACUGCUUUCAACGUGCUGUUCAGCGUUAUUCAGGUUGCGAUCAACAUCUCUGUAGGGUUGAGUUUGAGUGCGUUGCUGGUUUAUCCUUUCGGAAAGCGGAGAAGUGGAUUGUUCAGUUUCUAAGGCGGUGUUGAUAAGGGGAGGGGGAUGACAUGCGCAGGUUUUGGGGGCAGGUCAAAAGCAUUGUUUUUUCCUCUGGGACCAUUUUGGGACUCGUAUACGACAUGAACAGGCGUUUGGAGCCUUUAUCUUCGGUAUCAUUUAUUGAGAAGGGAAGACCAGGCAAAGGCGUUUUUUUGGGGGGUUUCUGAGCAUUUACAUUGGGAGGCAUAUGAUAUAAAGACAAACAACCUGACAUUGACGAGUCGUCAUGAGGGAGAUAAGUAGAUAUAAUAGUCGUAAUGUGUGUGUUAGAUGGGUGGGAGGCAGAAAAAUACAAAAACAUCAUCAUUG